AUGACAAUGAAUAAGAAAGAAAUAGUAGUAAGAGAAAACGUCAUACCGGAUGUUGACCCUCCAGUCGGGGAGGAGGAGGAGCAGGAGGAGCAGGAGGUGGAUAGCUUUCCGGGAGGGCCUUUUGACACUUCCCUGCUGAUUCACUACCAGGAUCACGUCGCUCGGCGGAUCUGGGAGGGAGAGGAGAGAGAGCCAUUGAAAAUGGUGAACCACUCCAGGAAGAUUUUCGGUCUGUUUAAACCAGCAGCUCAGUGGUUUAACGACCAUGUGCGAGGUUCAGGGCUUUGCGGGCUCUGCAUGACCGGGUACACCACCAUCAGCACCGGCAUGCAGGGGGCAUUUGUGGAGCGCUGACACAAGGAGACGUCUUCUUUCCACUUGCCGGUGGGGGAGUUGACGAUCACCUUGCAUGACGUCCAGUGUCUUCUCCACCUGCCUAUUAGGGGGCCGCUGUUGGACCACUCCAGGAUCCAGAGGGUCGAGGCCAUUGAGUGGAUGAUGCACUAUUUGGGCCUG